AACGUCGAGCUGCUGGACGCGCGCUUGGGCGGGGACUCGGCGCAGACCCCGCGAAGAACCUCGAGCUGCUCGACAGCUGCGCCCUUUGGAGCAAAUGAGGGGCAGAAGGAGGCGUGUUCUUUGUUGCCAGAGCCUGCCCUGGAAUUAGCCUCACAUCACUCGGAAGACCCAGCCGUGCUGAGCACUGAGCCCAGCAGCCCCUGGGGGAGGCGGCGGUGCUCCCUGGCACCCCAGUCAUGGCCUGGAAGCUGUCUGCAGUGGUGGUGCUCUUCGUGUCCCUGGCUGUGAUUUUGCAUUAUGGCAGUCAUAUGGGAGCAAAAGUGAUUCCAGAAAUCACAGGCUAUUCUCCACCUGCAACAGUACAGGCUACAGUAGAACCUCCACUCCUGCAGCCAGCUAACUACAUGCCUAACAAGACUUCAGCAGCGAGAUCAACCGAUGGUCAUGUUGCCUCUCAAAGAGCUGCCACGACAUCCAGCUCUGAGACCCUAACCACACACACAUCCAUGAAACCUCUAGCAACAACUUCCCUGGUAACUACAAACAGCACCCCGUCCACCAGCCCAACAGUCCACACCCGAAUCACAACCCUGGCCACAAGCAACAAGUCACACACAGCUGCUCCAGUCACUGAGGCCACGGUCAGCCCCAGCGCAGGCCCCGGUCCAUCACGACCCACCAGCACCUCAGCAGCCCACACGACCGGCACCAGGCCGCCGACUGUCAGCCAUACGACCGGGAAAACCACCCAACUCAGUACCCAGACCACCCUUCCAGCAGCGUUGUCCACCUCCCCACACAACAGCACAACCAGUCCGAAGCCUACUCAACCCACCCACAGCCCAGGGCCAACCACAGCCGCACACAAUACAACCCCAACGGCCUCACCUGCCACCGUGGCCCCCAGGCCCACCCUUGCCCCUCAGCCGUCAUCAGCCAAGACGGGAACUUAUCAAGUUCUAAACGGAAGCAAGCUCUGCAUCAAAGCAGAGAUGGGGCUAGAGCUGGCAGUUCAAGACACGGAGUCGGUUUUUUCACCUCAGAAAUACUUCAACAUCGACCCCAAUGCAACCCAAGCCUCUGGAAACUGUGGCUUCCAAAAAUCCAACCUUCUCUUGAAUUUCCAGGGCGGAUUUGUGAAUCUCACAUUUACCAAGGAUGAAAACUCAUAUUAUAUCAGUGAGGUGGGAGCCUAUUUGAGCAUCUCAAAUCCAGAGAAGGUUUACCAGGGCAGGAAAAGUGCAAUGCUGUUGUUUGAGACUGUGGUCGGGCAUUCCUUCAAGUGUGUGAGUGCACAGAGCGUCCAGCUCUCAGACCACCUUCAACUGAAAACAAUGAAUGUCCAACUUCAAGCCUUUGAUUUUGAAGAUGACCACUUUGGAAAUGUGGAAGAAUGUUCAUCUGACUACACAAUUGUGCUUCCCGUAAUUGGGGCCAUCGUGGUUGGUCUCUUCGCUGUGGGUUUGAUUGUCUAUGGAAUCCGCCUAAGGCGUGAAUCUUCUGGAUACCAGAGAAUAUAACUGGUGCCCCAGGGGGAAAAGAAAAAAGUGGAGUUUAGAGAAUUCUUUCAUCAUUUCCAGGAUAUUGAGGACUUCCCUUGGAGAGUGGGUCCUUCCAACCAUGUAAACCACUGUCUUUCACAAAAACCAAAUAAUUUUUGGUUUAAGUUCAAGCAAUACAUCAAUUUCAAAAUAUUUUAUGUUCGUUUUAUGAAAGAUCUAGUGAGCUGUUUAAGAAUAUUUUCUAGUUUCCUUGAAAAUAUUUUCACCAAAGUCAAUAUUUCAGAUACAUUAAAUUAACAUAAUGUAUGUAAAGUGGUAUAUGCUCCGUAUUAUAAAUCAAAGCAUCAAUUGUAAUUAAGGUCACUUGUGUUCACCUUGGGGAUUUUAUUCUAUCCUUAAUCUUUUCCACUUUUAAAAAUGCUUCUGCUUUGCCUAUAAAAUGUAUUUUCAGUGCUUUUACUGUCCAUAUGGUGUAUACGUGUCAAUUGACUUACCUCCUUUUCCAUUUCAAAUGUUUUCUAAAAAUCAUCAAAAAGAACAACAUAUCAUAGGUUGUCUAGAUAUUUGAUGUGACACCAAGAGGAAUAGAUCAGCUUAUGUUUUUAUCUUAGUGACUCCUCCAGAAUCACUAAAGACUAAGAAUUAGGUGGCUACAGACAACAGAAUUAAGUAAUAAGCAAGAAAGAGUAACAAUGGCCCUUCACUGUUGAACAAGUAUGUGUCAGACACUAGGCUAAGCAGUUUAUAUACAUCUCAUUUAAUUUUCACAGCUUACACAUGAGUAAACUCAGACUUAAGGAAAUUAAUCACUUAAAUGUCACCCAGCUAACAAGAGGCAGAGCUGAAUUUGACUUCCUCUUGGUCUGGUACCAAGGUCUCUGGUCUUUUCACUAUACCAAAUUGCCUACAAGGACAAUGACACUAAGUGAUGCCUGAAGCCUCAUACUGGCAUAAUCUCCCUUUUACAGAGGACAUGAUUUUAUCCAUAAUCACGAGAGAUUAGGAUAUGUGAAAGGAGGACUUAAUGGAAAAUGAAAUAGCCUAUCUUUUUUUUUUUUUUGGCACACGGGCUUAGUUGUUCCAUGGCAUGUGGGAUCUUCCUGGAGCUGGAAUCAAACCCAUGACCUCCAGCAUUGGCAGGCGGAUUCCCAACCAUUGUGCCACCUAGGAAGCCCCUGAAAUAACCUAUCUUUAAUGAAGUUCUCUGCUCCCUCAAAGAAAACUGAGAGGCUCUAUGAAACAUUUGUUUCUCAUUUUUAUGGGAUUGUUAAACUGUGAGUCUUAGGGUAAAGGAAUGGAGUAAACUUCUCAAGGUAUUUUUUAUUUCUUUGCAAGAGAAAUGGAACCACGAACCAACUUUUCUUUCCUGAAUGUAGAUCCCCCUCUUGUGGUAACGUGCUUCUUCUACAGUUUUAUAGCCAUGUUUUCUACUCUAGUUCAUUUUUUUCUGUAAAGCAGCCAAGAAUUGUAUCCCUCCUUCUUUUUACUAUCAAAGAAAGGAACUAAGUCAGCAUAUUAACAGAAAAGACCACACACCCCUAGCAUUCAUUAGUAAAAGAGUAAUUCAAGUCACCCUGGAGAACAUAUUCACUUUCCUGUCUUGUUCUCUUGUGGCUCAAUAGGGUUGGCAAGGUCCUGAUUUUAGUCUUUAUAGAAUAUUGAAUUGUAUUAAAAGUUUUUUUAAUAAAAACUCAUUUUGUAGAUUCAUUUAUGUCAUUCAUUCAUUUCUUAUAAUUCAGUUAUUGCACUAUUAAAAAUUUUGUUUACAACCUUAGUGGAGGCUGUUGCUUGAGUCAAUAAGUUAAAUCAUCUUCCUAGAAAUAAUUUAUUUUGUUCUGUUCUCCAUUGCCACAUUAUUACUAGGUAGGAAGACUUACUUGAGAGAAACUGAAUUUCUGAGAAGAUAAACCACAUUAAAGUUACAAAUUAAAUUUCUCAACUCUCAGCCCAGACUACCUGACCGGAUUAUUGGUUUAUUUAAGUGCUGCCAUAAUUUACCCGUUCAUUCAUUCAUCCAACCAGCAUCAAUUAAGGACUUCCUAAACACCAGACAGUCUGGUAGGGGCUGAGAUAAAUAAGAAGAGGUCCUGUAUUAGUUAUCUGUAGCUAUGUAACAAGUUGCCCUGAAACUUAGCAGCUUAAAACAACAUUUAUUAUCUCACACAGUCUCUGAGAGUCAGAAAUCUGGGAGCAGCUUAGCUGGGUGGUUCUGGCUCAGGGUCUCUCAUCAGGUGGCAGUUCAGCUGUUGGCCAGGGGCUGCAGUUAUCUGAAGGUUCAAAUGGGGCCGAAGGAUCUGCAUCCAAGUUCACACCAUGUGGCAUAUCCAUAGGGAUGCUCACAACAUGGCAGCUGGCUUUCUCCAGAGCAAAUGAUCCGAGAGAGAGAGACUGACUACCUAAUCACAGAAGUGACAUGCCAUCACUUCUGCUGUAUCCUGUUAGUCACACCAACCAUCCCUGGGUACAAUGUAGGAAUGAAGACCAACAGAGGUAGAAAUCAAGGUGGGGCUGUCUUGGAUGCUGUCUACCCCACGUUCACUGUCAAGGCAGAAUGACUAGUUUACUUUUGGGGGGAAUCUAGGGUAUAGAAAUUUCAGCACAUAUACUAAGAAAAGUGGUUUGAUAGGAAUCUAUAAAAAGGGUAAUGGGAGCAGGGCUGAUUCCAGAUGUAGCACAUCCCCCAGGAGAACAGCCUCUCAAGCCCUGACGCUGACAGUCUAUGCACUAGCCCCCGCUCAGGCUGACUUGCCUUUCUGUGAAGGCUAGUUGUUGGCCCAUGCUCUAUAAUAUUCAUUUAUGGCUUUGCCCCAGGGAUUUAU